AUGGCUAACUACAUUACACCCGAGGAGAUUGUUGACGGUAUCGAAAGCUUGUCUACCUUUAAAUAUACAGAUUAUCCUAAUGGCAAGGACUCAAGACUUGAAUCUCUACCCCAUUUAGAUAUCUUAUCAACUUUUGAUCGCACUCCACGCCUUUCGGACGCAGAUAUUGAUUCUCAAUUACCAAUUCGUACUAAUUUUGAUUACUAUUCUACUCGGGAAUUUCAAACUUGUUUAGAAAUUCAGAAUUUAAAAAUGAACAAUUCAAUUUCAUUCAUGCAUGGCAAUAUAAGAAGUCUAGCAGCUAAUUAUGAUAAACUUUCUGUUAUGCUUGACGAGCUUCAAUUUCCAUUCUCAAUAAUAGGAUUGUCUGAAACUAAAAUAAAGACUGACAAGGAUUGUUUAGUUAACGUUGAGUUAACAGGAUAUAACUUUGUAUCACAACCUACUCCUACAAAUGCUGGCGGUGUGGGCUUUUAUAUAAUGGAAACCAUAAAUUAUAAUAUUAGAGAUGACCUAGGCGUAUCAAAGGAUGAAUUUCAAGGCUUGUGGGUUGAUAUUGAAAUACUAAAUCAAAAAUUAACUUGCGGUGUUUUGUAUAGGCAUCCUAGAGUCAAAUUAGAAGCAUUCACAAACUAUCUAUACUCAUGUCUCGACAAAAUUCAGCAAGAAAAUAAAACUUGUGUCAUCCUGGGCGAUUUUAACAUAAAUCUUCUCAACUAUUCUGCCCAUACUCCGACUGAGGAUUUUGUAAACACUUUGAGCUCUUAUUUUUAUACUCCACAUAUUCAUAAACCCACACGAAUAACAAAUCACACAGCAAUACUUAUUGACAAUAUAUUUUUAAAUUCUAUUAAGUAUCAUACUAUAAGCGGCAAUAUACUUUCUGAUAUAUCUGAUCAUCUUCCCAACUUUCUUAUUAUUAAUCAACUAAAUGCAUUGCCAAAAAUUUCAAAAUUUAUAAAAGAGAUUAUUCAAAUUUAGAUGAGACCGCUUUAAUUGAUGAAAUACAGUCUGUCAAUUGGGAAACUAUUUUCCCUCAUGACUGUGAUGUUAAUAUUAUUUUUGACAGGUUUUAUUCUACAAUUGCAGAUAUUAUAGACAAGCAUGUCCCUGUUAAGAAGCUUAGCAAAAAACAAAUUAAGUUUUAUUCUAAACCUUGGAUUACACCUGGUAUUAAGAUUUCUAUUAAAACUAAGAAUAAGUUAUUUAAAAAAUACCUAAAUAAUAAAAGCCCUGAUUACAGCCAUAAUUAUAAAUCAUACAGAAAUAAAUUAACUAAUCUAUUAAGAGUUAGUAAGGAGAAAUAUUUUAAUAGUUAUUUUAUAAAACAUAGUAAAGAUGUUAAAGCUAUUUGGAGAGGCAUAAAAGACUUAAUUACACUCAAACCAAAACAUUCAAACGCACCCUCUAAAUUGAUUAGAAACAGUAAAGAAAUUGUAGAUGCUCAAGAAAUUGCCAAAACAUUUAAUGAAUAUUUUUCUAAUAUAGGUAAUCGCCUUGCCAGUUCAAUUCCAAGUACAAAUGUCCCACCAUUAAGUUACAUGAACCCUCCACAAACUUCUAGUUUCUUUCUCAGUCCCGUUACAAGAUACGAGAUAGAACAGGAAAUUAUCAAACUAAAUCCUACAAAAGCUACCGGGCCAUUCAGUAUACCAAUUAAGUUACUUAAAAUACUUAGUACAUAUUUAUCAAAACCAUUAGAAGUACUCUUUAAUCAUUCAUUUGUAACUGGAGUAGUGCCUGAAAGCUUCAAGUCAGCACGUGUAAUUCCUAUAUUUAAAAAAGGUUCUCAAACUUGUGUCAACAAUUAUCGUCCAAUCUCCCUGUUAUCAAUUUUUAAUAAAUUAUUAGAAAAAUUGAUGUGUAAAAGGUUAACUAACUAUAUUGAAAGAAGAGAAAUUCUUUAUAAGGGACCAUUUGGAUUCAGGUCAAAGCACUCUACAGUACAAGCAGUCAUAUCGAUUACCGAUAAAAUCCAAAGAGCAAUUGAGGAUGGUUUGUUUUCUUGUGGAUUUUUUUUGGAUCUAAGUAAAGCUUUUGAUACUGUUAACCACCAAAUAUUAAUAACUAAACUUGAGCAUUAUGGUAUAAGGGGAAUAACAAAAGAUUGGUUUAUUUCAUACUUAGAAAAUCGAAAACAAUUUGUAUCCAUAGGAAGUUCAGUAUCCGACGAGCUUGUUGUCCCUUGUGGUGUCCCACAAGGAUCUGUACUCGGCCCACUGUUGUUUCUUCUGUAUAUGAAUGAUUUCAAUAAUAGUUCAAAGGUUUUCGAUUUUCACCUUUUUGCUGACGAUUCUAAUCUGUUUUGUACAAACAAGAGUGUUUUGGACAUGGAGCAAGUUAUUAAUGAUAAUAUUGUAAAUAUUAAUUCCUGGCUUAACUGUAAUAAACUUUCCCUUAACAUUGAUAAGACAAAUUUUGUUAUUUUUCAUCCACCUCAAAAGAAAAUUACAUCCACAAUAAAAAUAUUUAUUAAUCAAGUACAAAUUAAACAAGAAACUAGUCUCAAGUAUUUAGGAAUCUAUAUAGACUGUAAUCUUAAUUGGAAAAGUCAUAUUCAACAUAUUUCGAAAAAAAUCAAUUGAAGUAUUGGAAUGUUGUGGAAAAUUCGCCAUUUUGUUACCUCACAUGUAAUUACACAAUUUUAUUAUUCCUUAAUUUACCCAUAUUUGACAUAUGGAAUAACGUUGUGGGAAACACCUAUAUUUCAAAUCUUAAUCCAAUAAUAACCUUACAAAAAAGAGUAGUCCGAAUUAUUACCUUUUCUAAAUUUGCCGAUCAUUCUAGUCCUUUAUUUAAAAAUCUUAAUAUUUUGAAGCUCGUUGAUCUUGUUUUUCUAAACAACGCUUUAUUCAUGUAUGAUUAUCAUAACGGGAAUCUUCCUGCUACAUUUAAUAACAUAUUCAAACAGGUCACAUCAGUACAUAAUUAUAAUACCAGAUUGGCUUCUAGAAGUACAUAUUAUAUUGACAAAAUAAGAACUAACUAUGGCAAAUUCAGUCUUCGAUUUCAGGGUCCUAAAGUAUGGAAUGAUAUUGAUGAUAAAUAUAAAACUCUUAGCAAAUCAUCUUUUAAUAGCUAGCGCUGCCACAAGUAUUCAUGAAUAUAUACUUUUAUAAUUAUACAAAAUGAUAUAAAACUCAUUAUUUCAUUUAUUUUAUAAAAGGUCACUAGACUGGUUUAGUCUUCACUAUUUCUGGUGACCUGUGCCAUAAUAUUUAUAUUUAAAAAAAAACAUAUAAUGUUAUUUUACUUGGUGGUGCGAAAUAAAUUGUUGUUGUUGUUGUUGUUGUUGUAAACAAAAUGUUUAAAAACCGGCAGGAAAACCCCAUUGAUAAAUAAAAAUCAGGUGAAAGUGAUCGUAAAUUGGGUGAUCUGGAGAUUUGUUUAAAAAUCGGGCGACACCCGAUAAAACCGGGUGAGUUGGAAGGUCUGAAUUUUAGUUUUCACCAGAAGUGGAGAAUCUUCUGAUGAAAAGUGUAAAAAUCAGUGUGUGCAUCUCCGAGAAGCAAUGGAUAUAAAACUUAUAAGUUUGCCAAAUAUGCUAAAAAUGAUAAAAAAAUGCUAGAUAUGCAAUAUCCCUAGCUCAAAAUGUGCCUUACCCUGACAUGGCUGAAACUAUUCUUUUGAUUUAAUAAGUAGUGACCUGCCUAACCUUUUUCAUAAAAGACUACUUCUCAACUAGGCCUAGUCUCCUUUACAGCCUGUUUUUGGGUGCAAUGUUUUCUCCCCACUCACAGGCUGCUUUCAAGAGUACAACAAUCCAUUCUGAUUCAUAAACCAAUCAAAAGCUUGCUUCUAAAAAACAUGCUGACUCAGCAAACAACUGGCAAGAGACAAAAACAAAAUGGCAGACAUUGUAUCAGCAUUACAAAAUGAGGCCUGUUACAAAAUAUGUCAUUAAAGUUUAAAGUGCCUAUGAAAUGAAAUUUUUUAUUUCAGUAAUUGGUACUUUUGGCAACAGAGAUUUCAAAUUUGACACUAAAAAUGUCAAAUUUUAAGAGCAAACAGUAGUUUUGCAAGCUUUUGUAACGUUUUUAUCUUGAAAAAGUGGUCCGGAGACUGGGAACGAAUCGAAUACGCAUGACGUAAUUAGCAGGGCACGAGAAAUUAACACGAGUCAACACAAUACAAACAAUAUAGCACAAUGUCGUCGACUGUAGUGAUAUUUCUGUUGCUCUUUCGGAUUCAAGCGAUUCAAGUAUGUUUUUGGCGCUGUAUAUAUAUGCUGUGUGAAGGUGAAACAUUAAAUCCUCAGGGAGACGAUAUAAUGGACGAUAUAAGUGAAGAAACGACCAAGGAAGCUGAUCUGGAUGGAUUGACGCCGGCCAUUCUAGAGGCUAGAUAUAACCGAAAGAAUAAAGUUGAUUCUUGGUAGGUAGCUUUUUUCAGUUUGAUACAUUUGAACUUCAGUUUUAAAUCAUUAAAUUUGACAAAAACACUCGAUUCAACUCGCUGCUUCAAUUUGAUAUAGGUGUAAAUGUGGCAAGUGCUCGGAUCAAAACUUGGUUGAUGCAUGUGAAUACCGAUGUUGCCAUGAAAUUGUUGAAGCGCUUGGGAAACUAACAAUCGACGGGAGCAUCGCCGGAGAAAAUUUCAUGUUUGACAUUGCAAGACUACAAGGCCACAACGAACGAGGCUGUGCUGGCUCAAGUCGGCCCUUUAUUGAGAGACCAAAAGGGCAAAGCUAUAAAUGA